UCCACUAUACGUAUUUCCACCGCGCGCAGACUCCAGGCUGUGUCCCUAUUGGACAAGUAGAAAACUAAGUAAAAGUGUACAAGACAUAGCCUACGCAGUGCGUGUAGACAGACAGGAAGGCGUUUGGACUUUGUGUCUGGAAGUUUAGCUGAAAAUCUGGUCAUAGAGCAAUGAACUGCAUUCUGAGAUCUGCUGUUCUGGGAAGUAAGCAGGGGCCUGUGGUUUCCUACUCUUAACGCUGUUAGAGCCAUGUCGACUUCAGGAGGCCCCACUCCACCCUUCACCACCCUGUCAAUCACCCACCCAGCCAAUCACAUCACUCAUGUAGAGCUGCACCGACCAGAGAAACGCAACGCCAUGAACAAAGCCUACUGGAGUGAAAUGGUUGAAUGCUUUAAUCAGAUUGCUGAAGAUUCAGAGUGCCGUGUGGUGGUGUUCUCGGGUGCUGGGAAACUUUUCACUUCAGGUAUUGACCUUAUGGACAUUGCUGGUGAUUUGCUGCAGCCCAAAGGAGACGAUACAGCCAGGAUAGCAUGGUAUCUUCGCCACAUCAUUUCCAAAUACCAGAACACAUUCUCAGUCAUCGAAAAGUGUCCGAAGCCCGUGGUGGUGGCAGUGCAUGGCGCGUGUGUGGGAGCAGGAGUGGAUCUAAUCACAGCCUGUGAUAUCCGUCUGUGCACACAGGACGCCUGGUUUCAGGUGAAGGAGGUCGACAUUGGCCUGGCAGCAGAUGUUGGAACUCUGCAGCGUCUCCCUAAAGUGAUUGGCAGUCGUAGCUUGGUGAAUGAGUUAGCGCUUACUGCAAGGAAAAUGUAUUCUGACGAAGCCAAGAGCUGUGGACUAGUAAGUCGUGUGUUCCCUGAUAAAGACUCGAUGAUGGCUGGAGCUCUGGAGAUAGCAGGCGAGAUCGCAGGCCGGAGUCCUGUCGCUGUCCAGGGAACCAAAAUCAACCUCCUGUAUUCCAGAGACCACAGUGUGACUGAGGCCCUGGACUACAUAGCUACUUGGAACAUGAGCAUGUUGCAGACCCAGGACCUUAUGAAGUCAGCGCAGGCAGCCCUGGAGAAGAAGAGCCCUAAAGACGUGCCCUUCUCCAAGCUUUAAAGUAGAAGGCGAAGAAGAUCCAGGGCUGUCGAAGCUGCCUGUUGACUCAGCUGAGACUUCAUCAUCCACAUAUCUUUAGUUCUUCCUGCUAAGUCUGAAUAUUUUUUAGUCUGUGUAUUUUUAGACUGGUUAAAGGGCUGAAUACUGGACGUGAAAUGAUAGCUUAAUUUUUAAUUAAUUGGUUUAUUAUUUGCAGCUGCCUUGGACAGUAAGAUAAUAUUCUAUUCUAAACUAAUACUCCAAAGCUUGUUUUGAGUGUUAACAUAUACAGUAGAAGUACAUAUUUUCUUCUGUUCCUGUGUGACUGCUGAAUGUAGUGCACUUAACACAUUUAAUUUCCUUGGAUGCUCACUUUAAUUUUUAUUUGAAAAAAUGUCACAUUAUGUCUUUCAUGUGUGAUUUAUGGCUGAAUUAAAAAGAAUGUAAUAUAGA